CACGGGCAGAGGCUAUAUAAAGCCGAUCCCACAGCCAGCCGACUCAUUCAAAGCUCCGACUUCGUUGCGUGCACACAGAGUAGUAGUCUCUCUCAUAGUAAUAUCUCUGCGACUGUGGAUUACGCGAGUUUACUUCACCUCACUCAACUACCAACUAUAUAAAAAUCCCAUUAAAAUGGUUCUGGAGAUGGAGAUGUCCAAGACCUAUCAGUACCGCAAGGUGAUGAAGCCCAUGCUGGAGAGGAAGCGCCGUGCCAGGAUCAACAAAUGCCUGGACGAGCUGAAGGACAUCAUGGUGGAGUGCCUCACCCAGGAGGGCGAGCACAUCACCCGGCUGGAGAAGGCCGACAUCCUGGAGCUCACCGUGGAGCACAUGAAGAAGCUGCGCGCCCAGAAGCAACUGCGUCUGUCCAGUGUCUCCAGUGGCGGUUCCUCGGGAUCUCAGGAUCCCAAGCUCAGCAUUGCCGAGAGUUUCCGUGCGGGCUAUGUUCAUGCCGCCAAUGAAGUGUCCAAAACGCUGGCUGCCGUGCCCGGCGUGAGUGUGGAUCUCGGCACCCAGCUGAUGAGUCACCUGGGUCAUCGCCUCAACUACCUGCAAGUGGUGGUUCCCUCGCUGCCCAUCGGAGUGCCUCUUCAGGCUCCUCAAGAGGAUCAGGUCAUGGUCACCCCACCGCCCUCGGAAUGCGGCAGCUUGGAGAGCGGAGCCUGCAGCCCGGCGCCCAGUGAGGCCAGCUCCAGCGCCUCCGGUCCCAUGUGGCGUCCCUGGUGAGCUCUGGACCCCAGAUGAUCUUCACCUGGAUCGCCUUCAAGCGGAAGGCUUCUACAAAUCGUUGCCCCAAAAGGUGCUGGAAUGAAAACCGCACCGAAGACUUUGGAGCCCCUCAAUUGCUGCCCAGGACUAGCUUUCCCAGCAGCCCCCAGCAGGAUCACCCAUCUCUAGCAGAGCCUCAAAUUCCGGCUAUAGAGAUUGCUGCUUACCUAUUGAAAAACUAAAAAAAAAAACCUGAACUACAACUGAAAAUGAAAAUAAAUGAAAUUCCAACUU